AUGUUCAAAGAUGCUCAUGCCUUCAUCUCUAAGUGUGAGGCUUGUCAAAAGGCAGGGAACAUCACGGCUAGGAACGAGAUGCCUCAGAAUCCUAUCUUGGAAGUUGAAGUGUUUGACGUAUGGGGAAUAGAUUUUGUUGGUCCUUUCAACCCGACAUCUCACGGCAAUGCUUACAUUCUAGUGGCCGUUGAUUAUGUCUCAAAGUGGGUGGAAGCCAUAGCCGCACCAACAAACGAUGCCAAGGUGUUUGAAAAUCUCUUGAAAAAGUAUGGGGUGAAGCACAAGAUAGCCACACCAUACCACCCUCAAACCAGUGGUCAAGUAGAGGUUUCUAACAAGCAAAUCAAAGCCAUACUCCACAAGACAGUGAACUCAUCAAGGAAGGAUUGGUCAGAGAAGUUGGAUGAUGCUUUAUGGGCUUACAGAACUGCUUACAAGACACCAAUUGGAAGGUCUCCAUACUCUUUGAUCUAUGGGAAUCUUGUCAUUUACCUCUUGAGCUGGAAUAUAGAGCUAGAUGGGCAAUUAAGUUCCUAA